AAACAGAGUUCGUCCACAUACUCGGCUGGCACCCAUCAACAUGAUAACCAUCGAAACCCGGAAGGGAGAGAAUAAGAGCGAGGGAGUGCGUGGGAGAGAGGGCGCGGCAAAACCGACCAUUCUACGCGCGUAGAGAGAGAGAGAGAGAGGAUGGCAUCUUCAUCAUCAGCAGGGGAAGAGGCUCGUCCGACACGGAUAAUGAUCGGGGUGAACGAGUCGUCCAUACGGGGAUACCCGCACCCCUCCAUCAGCAGCCGCACCGCCUUCGACUGGACUCUGCAAAAGAUCGUCCGAUCCAACGCCGCUGGGUUCAAGCUCCUCUUCCUCCACGUUCAGAUUCCCGACGAAGACGGAUUCGAUGACAUGGACAGUAUCUAUGCGUCACCCGAUGAUUUCCAGAGCAUGCAUCAGAAAGAGAAGAUAAGAGGGAUUCACUUGCUGCAGUACUUUGUAGAACACUCUCAUCAACUUGGGAUACAAUGUGAAGCCUGGAUAAGGAAGGGUGAUCCAAAAGAAGUUAUAUGCCAAGAGGUAAAGAAGGUUCAGCCAGAUAUUUUGGUUGUAGGAAGCCGUGGUCUUGGACCCUUCCAAAGGGUUUUUGUCGGGACUGUGAGUGAGUACCUGGUGAAGCAUGUAGAUUGCCCGGUGGUUACCAUUAAAAGGAAGGCUGACGAGGCUCCUCAUGAUCCAAUUGAUGAUUAGUGUUCAAAAACCGUGUAAUAUUGCUGGAAAUGCACAUUUCUCGGAACAAAACCAAGUUGAGAUUUUUAUGGAUGUGUCUCAGCUUUAUUUUGGAUGAUAAAACAGAAAAACUAUAAGUUGUGUUUAAGUUAUGCUCAUGGACAUGACUCUGCUUCAAAAUAAUGUAUCAAGAAUUGUUUUCCCA